AUGGCGAAGAAACCAAAGAAACUUCGUAAUCAGCCGCCUAAAUCUUCAUCAACUAAAGCUUUCACAGUUGUUAUACUUUUACUCUUCUUCAUACUGAUCCUUCUCGGUCUCUGGAUCUUUUCACUACCUAGCAGCACCAGCAAGAACUCUUCAAGACCUAUCGAUUUGACCACCAUUGCACGGAAUAGCGAGGAAAGGAAGAGUUUUGGAGAUGAAGAAGACGGAAAUGGCGAGCGUUGGCUCGAAGUUAUUUCGUGGGAGCCUAGAGCUUUUAUUUACCACAAUUUCUUGACAAAUGAAGAAUGUGAGCACUUGAUUAGCCUUGCUAAACCUAGUAUGGUGAAGUCAAUGGUGGUUGAUGAGAAAACCGGAGGAAGUAAAGACAGCAGAGUAAGAACAAGUUCGGGAACUUUUCUUAGAAGAGGACAUGACGAAAUCGUCCAAGAGAUUGAGGAUAGGAUUUCAGAUUUCACCUUCAUUCCUUUAGAAAAUGGAGAAGGGCUUCAAGUUCUUCAUUAUGAAGUUGGACAGAAAUAUGAGCCUCACUAUGACUAUUUCUUAGAUGAAUUCAACGUAAAAAACGGAGGCCAAAGAAUCGCUACGGUCCUUAUGUACCUCUCGGAUGUAGAUGAAGGCGGCGAAACGGUAUUCCCUGCAGCGAAAGGAAACAUUAGUGAUGUUCCGUGGUGGAACGAGCUUUCGCAAUGUGGUAAAGAAGGAAUCUCUGUUUUACCAAAGAAGAGAGACGCUUUACUCUUUUGGAGCAUUAAGCCUGACGCGUCUCUAGACCCUUCAAGUUUACAUGGUGGUUGUCCAGUGAUCAAAGGAAACAAGUGGUCAUCAACUAAAUGGUUUCACCUUCAUGAGUACAAAACUUGA